UUUGGAGACACAAUUGAAACUUCAAAAUCCAAUAUAAAAUCAAAGUGUGGCUUCAAUUCUUUUCGCUAUAAAUUCCUUCCGAUACAAACCAAUUUUUUCCGAUUCUUCGUCUUCUUCUUCUUCUUCUUCUACAGUGAUGGUGAUGAAGUUUGCGUUAAAGGUUCGUUCUGGUAGCCACACAGCAACUGGACCCAGAAGAUGGAACGAGGAUGAACACAUCGUAGUCGACAAUCUAUCUUCCCAUCUCGGAUCUCUUCAUACCUGCCCUCUUCCAACUUCUUUCUACGCUGUUUUCGAUGGUCAUGGAGGCUCUGAAGCCGCAACGUAUCUCAAGAACAACGCCAUUAGAUUUUUGUUCCAAGAUGUUGAUUUCUUCAAAACAUCCCAUAAUAUUGAUGAUGGUGAUGAUAAUGGUUUCUUGAAUGAGUUGAAGGAUUGUCACAUCAAAGCUUUUUUGCUCGCUGAUCGUGCCUUGGCGGAUGAAGAAUGCAGUGGUGUUUCAUCUGACUGUGGAACCACGGCACUGACUGCUCUAGUACUCGGCAGGCAUUUAGUAGUAGCAAACGCUGGGGAUUGUCGUGCUGUGAUCUGUCGAAAAGGGAUUGCAAUGCCGAUAACUCAAGAUCACAGGACUAGUUAUUUGCCGGAACGAAGAAGGGUUGAGGAGUUAGGUGGUACCAUCAAAUUCGGGUACCCUAAUGGUGAACUUGCCGUGACUCGUGCCCUUGGAGAUUGGUAUAUGAAGAGCCCUUUUGGGUCUGUGUCGUUGUCGCCUCUCACUGCAGAGCCGGAUGUUCAUCAAAUUGUUUUAACUGAGGAUGAUGAGUUUUUGAUCAUGGCUUCUGACGGGAUCUGGGAUGUACUGUCGAAUCAAGAAGCAGUCGACAUUGUUUGUCAUGGGUUAAUGCAACACCACCAUCCAAAGCAGUGUGCUAGUGAAGUUGUUGAUCAGGCAUUGGGCCUUCGUAGCAAAGACAACCUGACUGCCAUUGUUGUGUGCUUUACUUGGGAUGUGGAUCGCGAGAGGCCUAGGCGGGGGUGUAAGCGCAAGGCUGCUUUUGUUUAGGACUUACCUAAUCAAUUUCGCUAAUUUUGGGAUUUUAUAUUUUUAUUUUCAAAUUUUGAUUCAGUUAGUAAGCUUGUCAGUUAGUAUCUAGGCUUAUGCCAGAUACUUUUGAUAUUGAUUUUGAAAAUUAAAAUUUCAAACCUUCGAUUUAUCUGUUUCUAUUGUCUCGAUUAAGCAUCAUCAUCGUUGCUAUCUUAUUCCCAUUCCUGAGCAGUUGAACAAAGCUCUUUUCAUUUUUCUUCAGAACUGUAGUUUCUAACUUCAGCCCUGAGUUAGUAUUAUCCAUGUGAUUUGCCAAUCUUAUCCUCGACAAUCAUAUCAUUUGACCACCGGGACAUCAAAUAAUGCAGUUAUAAAUCAAGAAAGAUGAGACCAUAAUUCGAUGAAUUGUGUGAAUUGCCAAGAUACAACAAUGUAAUUUACAAUUAUUUACACAUUAAUCCAGACUCUGAUUGAAGCGAGUAACAAUGAAGGUUUGCUGGUCUGUACAAGCAGAG